UGCCGCAGGUACGGCUGAAAAAUCAAAAAAAAUGUAUUAGAAAAUGGUAAUGGUGCCCGGCUUUGCAGACGUGGAACUUCCACGUAGCGAGUCCUUAAUUUUUCUGAUUCAGGAUAUGGGUUAGAAUUUAAAUUAUUAACGGAUCCUUGUGCUAUUGCAGCCCAAAGUAGUUAUCCUCUUUACAUAGUAACUCACCUUUUCCAGCAUAUCUUAAAAUGAGAAUUUUGUAAAAUUUAAUUCAUAAUGAGGAGUCCUGGAGCUGACACACAAAUUGAAGUGACCGAGGGCGAUCUACCAACAGAUGUUAACAAAUGGAAUCCCACAAUAGACACAUCUAUUUAUAUAAAUGAUCAGAGUCAGUCAAUAUCUCAUAGAAAAUUUAUAAGGAGAUGGAAUCGCUUGUCUCGUCUGCAGAGAUCCAUUGUGUAUGCAGUGAUAGUUAUAGCUGUAACUGUGGGAGUUCUCUUCUAUACUGCUAGGGAAACAGACCCUGAGAAAAAAACUAAUAUUAGCCAGCUUCCUGUGGAAGCAGUGAAGAAUUUGUCUCUAGUCAACGAGCCAGUCGCCGCACCAGUAUUAACCAACAGCAAACCUGCCUUUGAAAUUGAACUGAAUGAGAGACCAGUCUUUACUGGUCCCACAAACGCUAAGCAGUAUGCAGUGGUGGAGAGCUUCAGGCACGCAUGGAAGGGUUACAAGACACACGCCUGGGGCCAUGACAACUUGAAGCCGUUGUCCGGGAUGCCUUCUGAUUGGUUCUCGCUGGGGCUGACCAUCGUCGACGCUUUAGACACUGCAUUUAUUAUGGGACUGACUGAAGAAUUCGACGAGGGGCGCGAAUGGAUCAGCAAAGAGCUCGUGUUCACGCGGAACAAGGACGUGAACUUCUUCGAGGUGACCAUCAGGGUGCUGGGUGGGCUGCUCACGAACUACCACUACACGCAGGACGAGAUGUUCUUGAAGAAAGCGGAGGACCUAGGCGACCGUCUGAUGGCAGCGUUCAACUCGCCUUCGGGCAUCCCGUACUCGGACGUGAACCUCGGGACGCGAACCGCGCACGCGCCCGAGUGGUCCCACUACAGCACCACGGCCGAGGUCACCACCGUGCAGCUCGAGUUCCGCGAGCUGUCGCGCGCCUCCAACAACCCAGCGUAUGAGGACGCAGCGGCAGCGGUAUCGGAGAAGAUCCACCAGCUGCCUAAGAAACACGGUCUGGUGCCCAUCUUCAUCAACCCUAACACCGGCCAGUUCCUGCCGCACGCCACCAUCACGCUCGGGGCGCGCGGCGACAGCUACUACGAGUACCUGCUCAAGCAGUGGCUGCACACCGGCAAGACCAUCAACUAUUUGCUGGACGACUAUCUGACCGCGAUUGAGGGUGUACGAGAAUUCCUAGCGAGGCGGUCGACGCCUAACAAGUACUUGUUCAUUGGAGAGUUGUUGGCCGGAUCUGAGGCCUUCAACCCCAAGAUGGACCACCUGACCUGCUUCCUGCCAGGCACGCUGGCGCUGGGCCACGCCAACGGGCUGCCCGACUGGCACAUGACCAUGGCCGAGGAGCUCAUGACCACGUGCUACCUCACAUACAAGGCGCACCCCACGUUCCUCGCGCCGGAGAUCACGCAUUUCAACUUGGCGAGCGCCACGUCGGACAUGUACACGAAGACGGCGGACGCGCACAGCCUGCUGCGGCCCGAGUUCAUAGAGAGCCUGUUCUACAUGUACCAGAUCACCGGCAACACUACCUACCAGGACUGGGGCUGGCAGAUUUACCAGGGCUUCGAGAAGUAUGCUAAGGUCCCCAACGGUUACACGUCUCUAGCCAACGUGAAGACUGAGAAACCGGUGCAACGCGACAUGAUGGAGUCGUUCUUCCUCUCCGAAACGCUUAAGUACCUCUACCUCCUGUUCAGCGACGACAGAUACCUUAUAGACUUGAGCAAAUACGUUUUUAACUCCGAAGCUCAUCCUCUGCCUAUACACAAGUCAUAGACUGACUUACAUGCGGAUUCAUCUUUCUCGAAAAUGAUGUGACCUGACCACUCUUAUGUACAAUUAGCAUAGAGUAUAUAGACACCACAUUAUGAUUAUAAUGCGUUUACAAAGAGCACGAGGUCACCACACACUACACAGUUUUACUUGUAAAGUGCUACGAUUCGAGCUGCACAAAUGAGUUGUUUUCUACGCCAUUUUAUAGUAUAACAACGCAGGUACAGCUCUAAAGAUUAUUUUUGUACAUAUCUUUAAUUUACACGAGUAUUAGUCGUAAUUGUGCAACUGAUAUAAGCGGCCGCGCUUCCCUACUAAUUUAGUGUGUCAGCGCUUAUGUGUGGUGACCUCGAUUGUCUCAUGUGUUGGUUGGUGGUUGAAAUAGUUGUGACAUUUAGCAAAUAAGCGCGGUAAACCACUAUCGCAUGGAAGUUUAUAUGGAAGAGGGUAGUAGUACACUAUUCUUAGUUGUUGACUAACCUGACUGAAUUCCCACGUCCGAGCGACGCGGUCCUUAAUAACUGUCUGGCUGAUCGCCCAGUUUCCUGCGUAAUACUUAGUGUUGAUAACAAACUUAAUUUUUUCCAUGAAAUCCGUUUGUACAAUUAUAUCGAACGCGUGUAUAUGGCAAAACGUGGCAUAUUAUUACGUGAUCAUUGCGAUUUGCCAUGAAAUUAAAUGUUGUUUUUAAUCCAUAUAUACAACUAAGGUCUGUUUUUUUCAGCGUUCAUGUUUGUAUGUAUGUGAGUCUUUUAUUCCGUAGACUAAAAUGACGUUUCAUGUGUAAGACAUGACAUUUCUUAGUACCACAUGAAAUGUCAUUUUAGUCUACGGAAUAAAAAACAUUGAAAUUUUGCCACCCUUAAAAUUAUCUUUUUACAGUACAUAUGGUGCUACUUUCUCGCACUAGUGCGUAAAAGAGCACUUUUCGUGCAUAUGUCGACAGUCUAAAGGGCCAUAUGUACUGUAAAACGUUGUACGAUACACGUGCGAAUAGGUAAUUAGCAACUCGUGUCGAUUUAAAACACUCCCUGCGGUCGUGUUUUAAUUUAUCGCCACUCGUUUCAAAUUUCCUCUUUUCCGCACUUGUAUCGUAAAUAACUAUUGCCAGCGACUUCAAAACUGUCGCAGGAGUUGUGAAACUAAGUGUUCGACAUUUACUCCAUCCCUAUAAUACUUGGUACUGAAUUAAAGUACUUACAUGGUUAUAAAUGUAUUAUAUACAUUUGUGUACUAAACAGGACUUUUAAUGCACGUAAAAUAGUAUCUUAAGGUAAGCUCCCAGGUGAGAUACAUCUUUAUAAUAAUCUUACAGGUUUUAAAUUAGCUUUGCAACAAUUUUUCACAUUAUUACAUUAUUUAACCUUUAUUGCACAAAAUAACAACUUAAUGAACUUAAUGCCAUGAGGCAUUAUCUACCAGUCAACCUUAAGGCAAAGCAGAAAUGAUUGUAGACGGUGCAUUUGAAAACCAAAAGAAAACGUUAUAUCUAACAACAUAUACAAUGUACACACAUAUUUACGUAUAUCACAUAAUUACAUAAUACCGAAGCGUAGCAAAGGUCUACGAUUUGACUCGGGCAUUUUGCUUUCGUAUGUCCGGAUGUUUUUCUCUACGGUCGCAAUUCUCAACCGAUUCUCGUGAAAUUUUUGUGACCAGAUUCGAUGAUUAAAUAAAUUUUUCAAAAUGGCGGAGUCGUGAUAGCUCGCGCCUAAACAAAUAGUCGUAUCAAAAUCAUGAGCUUUUCUUUUUGAGACAUGUUUACAGAUUAAAUGGCAAAAUAUGCAGAAAAUCUGUCUCGCUGGUUUAGGCGGUAUUUAGAUAUUUAGUUUUUAUUCUAGAAUAAGUAGCCAAAUUUCGUCAAGUUAGCGAAGACCUAUCAUGGCGCACUGCAGACAUUCGCUUUGAAGUAGGGAGGUCCCUGGUUCGAUCCCCACUAACCCCAGUAAUUGUAAGUGGGACAUAACAUAACUUUUGUUGUUAUACACCUAAAUUUCGUAGUUUUUUUUGUUUUAAUGGAAAAUUUCGUAUUGCUGAUUGAUCAAGCGCGGGCUAAGCGUAUUAAUUUCAUUUUUACAAGCUGUUAUUUAACUAUUUUUUUGUCAUUUUAACUUUCUAAAUUAUUCUAAACGGCGGAGCCAUACUAUUUAGCUUUUAGCUAUGCUCGCGAGGUCCACAGCUCACAGAGCCACUAGUAUAUAGAUAUUAUUCGACUUCUCAGACAGAUACUCAAUUCUUCUUUGAACUACCAGCAAAGAAAUCACGCACCGAUUUUUUUAAAGCAUACUUGUUAGGUGCUUUCCUAAUGUGAGGGGAAGACCAUUCCAGAGGCGGGCCACCUGAAUGGCGAAUGAAUCGGACAUAAAGCCCGUUCGAUGAAGAGGGGGGGGUUAUCAUUAUUAAUGAGGCAACAUCUUGUAAGGCGCUAAGUUAGAAUUUUCAAGUACUGUUUUAAAUUUUUGGUUGGUUUGGCUUUUCUUGAGAUGCAAGUCUUAUUAGUGAGAUUAAGUUGAAUGAAAGUAAGUCAAAACGCACGGUUUACUUACCACCUUGUAAUUUUUUUUUGUGAGCGUGGGACCAAUCGUUUUGUAUGGCAACUUCAUGUUUUCAUGUAAUUGAAUAUGGACUCUGAGAAAACUAGAGACAGCAAUCGAAUUUGUUGCAAUUGGUCCUUGUUUAUGUUAUGAGAUGUUAUUAUUUUAGUUAGUUUAAUUGGUUUUCCGUUGUAACAUAUUUUAAUGAAAUUUUAUAAUGAGUUGUAAUAGUUAUUAAAGUGCACUAUGUAAUUUAUACACGUAAUAUCGCAUUGAACGGGAACGCGCGCCGCCUUGUCACGGCGUAUUGUAUGUAUCUACAUCUUAAUAGCCCGGAGUUCGAAAAUCGAAGAAUAACGCCCUGCAUGUAAAUUAAUCAUAAUAGAAUAAUUAGUUGUAUUAAUCAUUCUCUUUAAUAAUUUUGCGUGCAUUUAUGCGGUUGAUAGCUAUCGUUUAAUAUAUUUGUAUCAUAUUUUUUACCAAAAAGCAAGGCAUAACACUUAAUUUACUCUUAAGUUGUUUAUUUAAAACUGCCACUGUCGAUGGCGUGUAAAGAUGUAUUCUAUGUGUAUAGUCAUUCAGUAAAUUGUAUGUAAAUAUUAUUUUUAUUAUGCAUUCCUGAUUUAUAAAUAUUUAGUUACCAAAAAACUAGUUAGGCAAAACAUACUGAUAGAAUAGAUAAGACAAAUGUAAUAACUAAUAAAUCACGUAUCUACGUUUUUCAA